CUCUUUACACUCUCCACUCUUCUCUUCACUUAAUCUAAAACCCUAUGAACUACUCUCAGCUCUCUCUCACCAUUUCAAGGAAUUAGCUAGGUUAAGAGGCACAUACUAAUCAAUUUACCAUGAAUCCAUCAAUUCUGCUCACAACAGCUCCUCCCUCGCCCUGCCCCAACACCCCCCUUCUCUCCCCCUUUCUAUCCACCACCGCCCACCUCCGUUUCUCAUCAGUUAAUCUCCGCCGCCAUCGCUAUAAAAUCUGCGAUAUCCGCUGCUCUACCGACCAAUCCUCGACUCCCGCGGUCAAACCUGAUUUAGUCGGGGAGAAGCGGCAGCUCAACGCCGUCCAGUCCGUCGUCGAUGCGCUGCCUCCGCCCGUCCGAAUUGCCAGCUCCGUGCUGAUCGUGGCUGCCGCGGCUGCUGCUGGAUACGGUCUCGGCUCGAGGUUCGGUGGCUCUCGCAAUGCCGCCAUCGGUGGUGCCGUGGCGGUUGGUGCUGCCGGCGCUGGGGCGGCCUAUGCGUUGAAUUCGUGUGUGCCGGAGGUUGCGGCCACUAGCUUGCAUAAUUAUGUGGUGGAAUGUGGUGGUCCUGGAGCCGUUAAGAAGGAAGAUGUAGACGCCAUUGCGAAAAAAUAUGGUGUUAGCAAACAGAAUGAGUCUUUCAAUGCAGAGCUUUGUGAUAUUUAUUGUCGAUUUGUAACAUCUGUCCUUCCUCCUGGAAAUGAAGAUCUCAAAGGUGACGAAGUUGAGACCAUUAUUAACUACAAAAACUCAUUGGGCAUUGAUGACCCGGAUGCGGCAGCCAUGCACAUGGAGAUUGGUAGGCGGAUUUUCAGGCAAAGACUUGAAACUGGGGAUCGUGAUGAUGAUAUGGAACAACGUCGGGCCUUUCAGAAGCUGGUUUAUGUCUCAAAUCUUGUGUUUGGAGAAGCAUCUGGUUUCUUGUUACCUUGGAAACGUGUGUUCAAGGUCACUGAUUCUCAGGUAGAGGUUGCUGUCCGGGACAAUGCCCAAAGAUUGUAUGCUUUCAAGCUUGCACCAAUUUCCCAAGAUGUUGAUGAGAGCCAGCUGAUAAGCCUUAGGGAAGCGCAACUCCUUUAUCGAUUAUCUGAUCAGCUUGCUGAAGACUUGUUUAGGGAGCAUACAAGAAAACUUGUGGAGAAAAGUAUUUCAGCAGCUGUCAGCAUAUUGAAGUCCAGAACUAAAGCUGUGAAACCUGUGAUUGAGGAGCUUGAUAAAAUACUAGCUUUUAAUAAUAAGUUGGUCUCUCUUAAGAACCAUCCUGAUGCCAGUCGCUUUGCUCGUGGGGUUGGUGCCAUAUCUUUAAUAGGUGGGGAGUAUGAUGGUGACCGGAAAAUGGAUGACUUGAAGCUUCUGUACAAAGCAUAUGUGUCAGAUGCUUUAUCAGGGGGACGCAUGGAAGAUGAAAAGCUUGCUGCACUGAAUCAAUUGAAGAAUAUAUUUGGUUUAGGAAGACGAGAAGCAGAGUCAAUAACUCUAGAAGUUACAAUCCAAGUUUAUCGUAGACGUCUUCAGCAGGCCGUAUCCAGUGGUGAUCUGAUGGAGGCGGAUAGUAAAGCUGCCUAUCUUCAGAAUCUUUGUGAAGAGCUGCACUUUGAUCCAGAGAAGGCCAUAGAGAUACAUGAAGAAAUUUACCGGAGAAAACUUCAGCAACUGGUAGCUGAUAAAGGUGAACUCAGUGACGAUGAUGUAAAAACUUUGGAGCAGAUACAGAUUAUGUUCUGCAUUCCAAAGCAAACAGUCGAAGCAGCUCAUGCAGAUAUCUGUGGUGGUGUAUUUGAGAAGCUCGUCAAGGAGGCAAUUGCUUCUGGUGUAGAUGGAUAUGAUGCGGAGACUAAGAAGGCUGUCAGGAAAGCUGCCUUUGGUUUGCGCUUGACUAGGGAGGUUGCAAUGUCAAUUGCCGGUAAAGCAGUCCGCAGGAUUUUCAUCAACUACAUUCAACGGGCAAGGGCUGCUGGUAGCCGCACUGAGUCUGCAAAAGAACUAAAGAAGAUGAUAGCUUUCAAUACUUUGGUUGUCACCGAACUAGUUGCGGAUAUUAAAGGGGAGCAGACGGAGUCUGCUGAUAGUCCACCUGAAGACCCAACUACGAAGGAGGAACAACAGACAGAGGAUGAUGAGGAAUGGGAAUCCUUGCAGUCACUCCGAAAAGCACGACCAAGCAAGGAGAACACUGCUGGGAAAGCUAGUCAGAAGGAGAUAAAUCUUAGAGAUGACCUUCCUGAAAGGGAUAGAAACGACCUUUACAAAACAUACUUAAUGUAUUGUCUAACAGGUGAAGUUACCAGGAUUCCAUUUGGAGCUCAAAUCACUACGAAGAAGGAUGAUUCAGAGUAUGUUUUGUUAAACCAACUCGGUGGGAUACUUGGUUUGACUGACAAGGAGAUUGUUGAUGUUCAUCGCGGUUUAGCUGAACAGGCUUUCAGGCAGGAAGCUGAGGUUAUUUUGGCCGAUGGACAAUUGACCAAAAAUAGGAUUGAGCAACUUAACGAGUUGCAGAAGAAUGUCGGAUUGCCACCUCAGUAUGCACAAAAGAUCAUAAAAAAUAUAACCACAACAAAACUGUCAGCAGCUCUUGAAACUGCUGUUGGCCGGGGACGGCUUAGCAUAAAGGAAAUCAGAGAACUGAAAGAAAAUGGAGUUGAUGUGGACAACAUGAUCACUGGAAGCUUACGGGAGAAUCUCUUCAAAAAGACUAUUGAUGCUAUCUUCUCAUCUGGUACUGGAGAGUUUGACGAUGAGGAAGUGUAUGAGAAAAUCCCGAAGGAUCUCAACAUCGAUGCUGAGAAGGCCAGACAAGUUGUUCAUGAACUUGCUCAGGCUAGAUUAUCGAAUUCUCUUGUUCAAGCAGUAGCGCUGCUUAGACAGAGAAACAAUCAAGGAGUGGUUAAUUCUCUGAACGACUUGUUAGCCUGCGACAAGGCUGUACCCGCAACCCCCGUUUCAUGGGAGGUGCCUGAGGAACUGGCAGACCUCUUCCUCGUGUACUUGAAAAGCGAUCAGGCGCCUGAGAAAGUAGCAAGAGUACAGUAUCUACUGAACAUCAGCGACUCGACAGCAGAAUCUUUACGAGCUAUGAAAGACAAGGGAUCAUCAAAUGGAUCAGCUGAGCAGGAGGAGUUCGUAUUUUGAUUUGAAAAUGUCACUUUUUAGCAUUAAUAGUUUGCCAGUCGAAGUUUGAUGCAAAAAUGCUGCUAAUGGUUGCCAAUUUUGUCUCAUAUUGUUAGAGCAUAGAACACGGUGAGCAGGAUGAUGAUGUUGAGUGGAAUUCUUUGUAUUUUAUAGAUGUUGUACCAGUAAAAUAAGUUACAUAAUGCAAACCCUCAUUUUAAAGAA